AUGGCGGCUUUAAGGCCACUGUUCAAAGUGCGGGUAGAAGAUAAAGGGAAAAUUCGUUUUAUUAGCUUGAAAGAUAGGGAUAAAGCCAUUUCCGAAGUUUUUAGGGCUAAGAUUCACCGGGCUAUAACCGCCUAUCGCAUACGGAAAAAGGAACUCCGAGAAGGAAAUAAAGCGACUAAGUGCGUCUUAAUAAUACUUAUAAGCAACCAUAAUAAAGGCGCUAUUCUCAACUUGGCGCUCGGGUUAGAAGAGGGUAUAAGGAUACGGAGGCUAUUGUAUAUAUAG